GACCCAACUAAAGACACGGAGUGGAAUGACAUCCUACGCAAGAAAGGUAUCCUUCCUCCGAAGGAAGACCUGGAGGAAAAGGAGCGUGCAAAGGAAGAGGAACAGUUUGCCAUCCUUCAGAAGUCUCUCGUGAAAACAUAUGAGGACAUGACUCUGGAAGAGCUAGAAGAGAAUGAAGAUGAGUUUAAUGAGGAAGAUGAGAGAGCUAUUGAAAUGUACAGGCAGCAAAGGUUAGCAGAAAUGAAAGCAGCUCAAAUGAAGAACAAAUUUGGGGAAGUUUUGGAGAUUUCAGGAAAAGAUUACGUUCAAGAGGUUACAAAAGCUGGAAAAGGUAUUUGGGUAGUCCUGCACCUCUACAAACAGGGAAUUCCACUGUGUGCCUUAAUAAACCAACAUAUGAGUGGGCUUGCAAAAAAGUUCAGAGAUGUGAAAUUCAUCAAAGCUAUUUCUACCACCUGCAUUCCCAAUUACCCUGAUAAGAACCUGCCCACGAUAUUUGUCUACCUGGAGGGAGACAUCAAAGCUCAGUUCAUUGGGCCUUUGGUGUUCGGUGGCAUGAACCUGACAAGGGAUGAAUUGGAGUGGAAGAUUUCAGAGUCGGGUGCCAUCAAGACAGACCUCGAGGAGAACCCCAGGAAGCAGAUCCAGGACCAGCUCAUGUCCUCAAUUAGGUCAUGUGUGCCAGCCAGAGGGGAGAGUGACUCAGAGGAUGACUAACUCCUGCGACUGCAUCAAGAUCAAUGCAGUAAACUUGCAGCCAGUGUUCCCCCCUUGAGCACUGCAGACACUCCUCCAGACCUUGCUGAGCCCCAGAAGGGGAGCAUUUCAUGAUACUAAUUUAUCUAGAAACUUCUAGAAACUAAAAGAAGUUUCUGUUUUUUAAAAAAACAUUUGUUGCAGCUUCACUUAAGAUGCUGAAAGACAUUUUGUAUUAGGAAGCCUUGAGUACAUUUUACUCAAACUUUUAAAAUACAGACAUCAGUAGAAA